AGGAUGAGUAGGCCGUAUUCCGGGAAAUCGGAUGUGGCUGACGCUCUCUGGAUCAAGGGCAUUUUCUUGCACCCAAUGGCUGUUCAACUGUUACGCCAAACCUUUAUAAUGGAAUGCGAAGAUGCCUUGGCCAACAUCUUCUCCGUCCAAUGCUGUCGAAGUCAUUUUCUGCCGUACCAAGUGCGACAAAAUGGCUGUCAUUCACCAGAAUUAUUAUUUCCACCACAAUCGCAAAUACAAGGGAGGUGAUUACUGGUGCUGUGCUCAACGGGGGUGCAAAGUCCGUCUCAUCAGCAGCCGUGUCAAUCAUGAAUCCGGUCGGAUGGAGUUUUCGCGUCGCAACCAGGCCAUUCAACAUGAGCAUGAGCCGAACGCACCCAAUCUGAUCGAGAAAGAAUUCCGUCGCCAGUUGGUCACUCAGUUCGAUCGAGUCACAGCCAAUAAAUCAGGAUCGCCUCAAUCAGCUACUCCUGUUUCCGUUCGUCUAGUCUACGAUGAGCUGCGCAGUCAGGCCAUCAAACGCGGCGUUCCGGAAUCUCUGAUUCCGUCUUAUUGGAAUAUUCGCAGCACCAUGUACCGUAUCCGUCGCAAGCGGGUGUUACUUCACGUUCCGUCAAGUAAUUCAAGUUCGGAAAGAAGAGAAACUAAUAAAACUUCUGCUGGAGAAGGAUCUGCUAGAUCCGUGUCUUCUGAUCCAGAAUCUCCGAUCUCAUCGACGAUGGGUGAGCCAUCGACUAGUCCAGUGCAAUCGGAACCAUUGUCUUUGGUGACUUGGAAAAAUAACGCCCAGGAACAACAGCUUGUUGUCCGUCGCGAUCUCGUUCAUCCGACUACUUCUCCAAUCCUGUAUCAAUCUCUUCAGACGAGCGGUUCGCCGUCAACUGCACCCAUCAAUCCACAACUGCCAAUCCAGUUUGAAGCUUCACCCUUGAUCACUCCAAUUCCGCCAAUUGAUCCAAAUCUUCUUCGUUUUUCCAGUCAUUUAUUCCCGAGCUACUCCCAAUCUCCCACUCUUGCUCCCUCGUUUCCUUACCAAUCACCGGAAAUUAUGCGGUUUUAUGCUGCUAUGCAUGCCGAAUAUUUACGCUCGCUCUUUGCUCUCGGCUGCCAUCCUCGUAUGUAAUGGCCUUUAAUUGAUUUCUGCUCUUUCUUAUUGACGUUUUGCUAAUGACCAAAAAUUGACGAUGAACGACUCGUUCGGAACGUUUCACCUUAAUUGAAUACAUCCCGAUCAACAGCA